UCCACCUCCUCACUAACCACUGACAGCUCUCUCCCACCGAAAAUCUUUCUCUGCUUUCUCCAUUCUCCAUCUCCAGAUCCCAAUCCCAAUCCCAAUCCCUAUCUCAAACCCUAAAGCACAGCAACAAUGAAAUCCGAAUCCAUGAACAGCAGCACCAGCAGCACCAGCACCACUACCACAAGCUCCACGGCCGAAUCCCCGAUCGGCCAAACCCUAAUCAAGCUCAUCUCCAACCUCUGCUUUUCCCUCUUCGUCCUCUCCGUCCUACUCUUCACCGUCCUCGCCAUCACAUACCAGCCCCCCGAUCCCUGGCUCGACUCCUCUCGCGCCCUCACCACCUCCCUCACCUCCACCCUCCCCAACUCCACCUUCCACACCGACGACUCCCUCCUCCCCACCGGCGAAGACCUCAUCCCCCUCUCUCCCACCCCUUCCCCCUCCUCUGACCCCUUGGUCCCUCGUUCCCCUGAGAUCUGCACCUUUCCGACCCCGAUCAACUGCUCUGACCCACGUGCGCUCGACGCCGUCCGCCGCUUCACAGCCGAGGUCUUCUCCCGCCGCGGCAUCGUCUUCCUCAGCUUCGACCCCCCUGUCGCUGGCCCUAACCCUGGUGAAUGCGAUGCUGCUUGGAGAUUCCGCAAUAAGAGGGAGAAAUCAUGGCGAAAGUACCGUGAUUUCCGCCGGUUUCGCCUCUUCUCCACUGAGAAUUGCACGUAUGAUGUGAGGUUUAUGGGGAAAUUCCGUUCCGGUGUCAAUGCUCGGUCUCCGCCAGGAAAGAUAAAGUCUUUGCCGGUGGAGGUUGUGGAUAGUGAGGUUAAUGACACGAUUCCGACUGUGGGAUCUGAGGCCGAGUUCAAGAAUGGGAGGUACUUGUAUUAUUCUCGUGGUGGGGAUUACUGUAAAGGGAUGAAUCACUACUUGUGGAGCUUUCUUUGUGGACUUGGUGAGGCCAUGUUCUUGAACAGGACUUUUGUUAUUGACCUUGAUGUUUGCUUGGCUUCCGAGUAUACUUCGAGUGGUAAGGAUGAGGAUGGAAAGGAUUUUAGGUAUUACUUUGAUUUUGAACACUUGAAGGAGUCAGCUUCAGUGGUGGAGGAGCAGGAGUUUUUAAGGGGUUGGAGGACCUGGGAUCGGGCAGCGAAAGGUAAGAAGAGUGGUGGGGGGAAGAUUACAGUUCGGAAAGUGCCUACCUAUAAGGUUACACCAAUGCAGCUCAAGAGGGAUCGGAGCAUGAUUCUAUGGAGGCAGUUUGAUGGACCUGAGCCGGAGAACUAUUGGUAUCGAGUGUGUGAGGGCCGAGCUGCCAAGUUUGUGCAGCGGCCGUGGCAGGCUGUGUGGAAGUCUAAAAGGUUGAUGGAUAUUGUGACACAAAUUGCCGCCAAGAUGGAUUGGGACUAUGAUGCUGUCCAUGUCGUUCGAGGGGGAAAGGCAAUGAACAAGAAUCUGUGGCCGAAUUUGGAUAGUGAUACUUCGCCAGAUGCGCUUGUGCAAAAGCUGUUGAAGGUGAUUUAUCCUUGGAGGAACCUCUAUGUUGCAACAAAUGAACCAUUUUACAACCAUUUUGAUAAGUUGAGGUCACAUUACCAUGUUCAUUUGCUUGAUGACUAUAAGGAAUUUUGGGGAAACACAAGUGAAUGGUAUAAUGAGACAAGAGUGCUGAAUGGUGGGAAGGCAGUGGAGUUUGAUGGGUACAUGAGGGUGGCAGUUGAUACAGAGGUUUUAUAUAGGGCAAAGACCCAAGUGGAAACAUUUAAUAACCUAACCAGUGAUUGCAAGGAUGGGAUCAACACAUGCUGAUCAAUGAAUAUGGGGCCUCUGGUGUGCCAUUGGUGCAUUGCAGUACUGUAUAUGACUUAUGUAUUCAUCAUCUUGAGGUAAUUGUGCUGAAGUUAUUGGGUUAUAGUUGGGAUUGUUGGUUGGAAGAUUGAUCAUUACAUUUUGUAUCUGUUGUAUUCUUCUUUGUGUUGGUUUUGAUGAUAUAUUUGUUUUAUAAUUUACUGGUUACAUUUGUCAUUGUGUCACUAUGAUUUUAUUUGUAUGAUUAUUCUUGGUUUAACUUCUAAUCUUAUGAACAUAAAUGUUAACAAUUCUUGUCCAAAUCUCCCUCUUGGUAGUUUACAAUUUGACUGUUUAAGAGGUAGAUGUGAGUAUUCUCCAAAAUAGAUCUUUAUCAAGUGUGAUAUUUCUGAGGUUCUUGGUUGAACUUUCUCACCGUUAUUUUUGGAAAUCAAUUUGGUUUAUUUGCUAAGAGUCAUAUGGAUUGACCUCUCCUUUAUUUUGUUCAAUACAAUAUAUAAAUCAGUUGUUUUAUAGACCAGCAUAGAAAAAUAUGCUCUUUAAUAAUGAAUCUCUCUGUAUCACAAUACAAUCUGAGUUAGAGAUGCAUCAUUCAUUGUAAUGUUUUUUUUUCUUAAGUUGGAGUCAGAUUUUAGGUCCUCAAUAUUUUCCUGUUAUAUUGAACCAAACCUAAAGAAGAAAUAUGAGCUUAUGGAAAUUACACCAAAUAAUUUAUGUAGGCUAUGCAACUGGUGAGUCUGAGAAAUUCGAUUAUUUGCGAUGACUAUUACUGAAUUCCAGGAAUAUAUGUUCAACUUUACUAUCCUGUUUAUUCAUUCUCACGGAGGGUUUCCUUUCCUGCAUAUUUCACUUUCAUGACAGGCCUUACUUCAGUUUGUAUUUCCAAGGUUAAAAAAUUGCGCCAUGUAUUUGUUAGCUACGAUUAGUUAUCAGUAUGAUAGAUUUCACAUGUAUGCUAUAAUUAUAGCCUUUAACCCCAUUUUUGGUUGCCUUUAGGGUUUUAAAUUGAUUUAGACAUUGCUACCUAUAUGAUGAAUCUAUAAACUAAUUUUUGUAUUUAUAUGGAUUUAAUCCUCUGCUGUGCAUCCUUCUUUAGUUCAAACUAUAACUUCAGUGGCUAGCAUCCAUGCUACAAUUAAUUGAUCAGAUUGGUCAAUGUUCGACUUAUGAGGUUAGAAUAACAAAAAGCAAAGAAAAUAUUUAAUGCUUUAUAAAAUGUCACCCUGAUAGUGUGGAUAAUUGCAUGUUUCUUUGAUCCAUAUAUUCACAAUCCUUCCUUUUCCCUUGCUUCAAUGGACAAUUAUUUAUGCCCAACCCUAUUUCUGUGCUAUUGUCAUACAAACUUACUGCAACUAGUAAGAUAUGGUUUGGGACUGGUAUGAUUAUGGUUUGGCUAGCAGGAAGGUUUGGGACUGGUUGCAGCUGAGUUUCUAGAAAACAGGUACUUUCGGUUUUUCUUGUGUAAUAUAUUUGUUUCCCACAUUAUUCAGGUUAUUAUUACUAUGUUCCAUUGUGUUUAUUUUAGAGUCGAUAUGGCUCAAACUUUGGUUGCCUGUUGUUUCUCUUCUAAUUAUUGAGCAGGUCAGCAAAUAUGGUCUGAGAAUGAUGAAUCAGGUUAAAUGACAGAAUGUAACCAAAUACUGACAGCGCAAAGAGACCAUGGUGUGGAUCUUACUGUGGUGUUUUGCUUGAAGGUACUGAAUGAUCUAUCGGUCAGUGAUCAGCAAUAUAAUUUGGUAGCAAUAUUUGAAUUGGCUUUUGAACAUUUUGUUUCAUCCAUCCAUCGGUUGAUGACAUGCCUGAUAAAUGUAGAUUGAUGUUUGUUAACUGAAGGUGUAUUAAUUUUGAGAGUUGAUUUGAGGAAUUUAAAGUCUGAGUGUAUAGUUUUCUGCUGCGGUCUAAUUCAAAUAUUUGGCAGGAUGUAAAUGUUUGUAGUUAUGACCUU